AUGGCGGGUGAGGCCACGUCAUCCAUCCUGCAGUUCGCCACGUGGCAGAGCUCCGUUGACUUGUCGUUCUGGGAAAAACUCGCGUCGCUGAAGGUCGAUUCGCAAGGCCUGAAAGAGGAAGACGUGGCAAUUCAUGGUUUCUUCACUCCAUCCUCACACUCUCAGCUCUCCUCCUUCCUCUCCCUCUCCUCCGCCUCAUUCCCCCCUUCCCCGGCCCCGCCUCCUCGCUUCCAUCUUAUCCAACCGGCUGAUACCACCAACAAUUCUGACGUCACCACUGCUGACGUCACCACCCCUGCCAAGGUCGCCGCCGCUGUUGACUUCACCACUACUGCUGGCAGCAGCAGCGCUGUCAGUGGCAUAGUGGAGUCGUUUCGAGCGUUUGACCGGCGGAAGAUGAUGGAGGGGGUGGCACAGCAGGUGAGGCUGAAUGUGUGGUUACUAGUGUGGUUAUCAAUUCGGUUAUCAGCAUGGUUACCAGAGUGGCCUUUGUCGUAUUUCAUCGCCAAUUCCCCCUCUUCUGUGCCUUUUCCCUCUCCCCCCACACCCACUUCUCAUCAGCUCUGGCAUGACAUGCUAUCCGGCAAGGCAGAGCGUCAACCGUCUCUCCUCAACGCCUUCUUCCUGCUUGUCUACCCGGACAUCAAGCAUUGGCGCUUCCACUACGCCUUCGCUUUCCCCGCACUCGCCCUCCCCUCACCUGCCACCCUCGCCUCCCCGCCUCUCCCUGCAACAGAAGCCUUUUCUCCCCAACUGGCAGAGGAGAUUGAGAAGGAAUGUGAGCGAUGGAGACAAGAUGGUAAUGGGAGAGGGGCAAGGGGGGAGGAAGAACCAGCACAGAUUGGCAAGGCUGAAAGUCCAGAGGGAGGGCGGGAAAACGUAGAGGAGGGUCCAGUUAAGGGAGGGCAAGCUGAGUCAGGGGAAGACUCAGAGGGAAGCCAACAGAGGGGCAGCGAGGGACAGGAUGAAGAGGGAAGGAGCGGAGUGGGAGCAGCAGACAGUGCAGCAGCAGCAGCUAUUGAAGAAAAAUGUGUGUUGGAAACAACACUAGUGGAGAGAGGCUCCCCUUUCUUCCUUCUCCAUGUACACUCCACCACCUCAGCAGAGCCCUCAGUAAAAGCACAUCCUUUAUCAGAGUACAGGCGUCUGGCAUCUCAAAACGAAUCCUUCUCCUCCUCUUCAACCUCUGCUCCUCUGCGUCUCUUCGUCGCGUUCUUCGACCCCUGCCAUCUGCUCCUCUCCCCCGGCUGGCCCCUCCGCAACCUGCUUCUCCUCGCAUCCCUGCGAUGGCAGGUCAGUAACAUCGCUCGUCCCCCCCCCCCACCCCUCCUCUCUUUCAAACGGUCCUUUUUUCCUCUCCCGCCUACCAUCUCCCUCUCUCCCCCGGCUGGUCUCUCCGCAACCUGCUUCUCCUGGCCUCUCUUCGCUGGCAUGUCAGUGACCGUGCUCCUCUGUUCCUCCUCUUUUCCCCCCUCCACCUUGUCUCCUCCUCGCGUUCUUCGAUCCCUGCCAUCUGCCUCUCUCGCUCCCCCCUCCAUUCCAUCCCUCCCUCUAGGUCACCUCCCUCCAUGUCCUUUGAUCACGGAAGUAACACGGUUGGAUCAGUCUGCACCCCCUUCUGCACCCCCUUCUGCACCCCCUUCUCCAUGUCCAUGUCAGCCAGAGCAGUCCAUAUUUACUGCUCUGGCUGCUGCACGGGCAUGGCCGGACCAGCCUACAUGGGUGGCUGGCUGCUGCACUUCUUACCUUUCUCCAUCCGACACACUUUCUGCUCUCCCCCCCACUCCCCCUCCCUCCCAGCCCACCUCUCUUCAUGUGCUCUGCCUGAGGCAACGACAGCCCGCUCCAGCCGUCCCCUCUCUGCUGCACCGCCCCUUUGGGUCUAUCUUUGUCUCGUACCCCCUUCUCUCCCUCUCAGGCCACCUCCCUCCGUGUGCUCUGCCUGCGGCAGCGCCAUGGUCGGAUCAGCCUGCACCACUUCCUUCAACUCACCAUGCACCACUCACAGCCGCACACCUCCCCUCUGUACCCCCAUUCCACCUUCUCAGGCCACGUCCCUCCAUGUGCUCUUCCUGCGGCAACAGCAUGGUUGCAUCAGCCUGGACACCAUUUUUAAUUUAUGUUAUUUAUCCCCCUCACCCCUCCCCUCCCUCACCUGUUGCCCUUUACUUUAUGUUUUUCAUCCCCUUCACCCUCUCCGCCCCUCCCUUGUCUUGUCCCUUUCUCCCCCUCCCAAGCCACCUCCCUCCAUGUGCUCUGCCUGUGGCAGCGGCACAGUCGAAUCAGCCUGCAUACCAUUCCCCAUCCAACCCCCCCCCUAUCCCUUCCCAGGCCACCUCCUUCCACGUGCUCUGCCUGCGGCAGCGCCACGGUCGUAUCAGCUGGCACCAAUCACUUGCCUCCUCCCUCCAUGUGCUCUGCCUGUGGCAGCAGCACGGUCGGAUCAACCUGCACCACACGCUGCUGACCUCGCUCCAUCCAACCCCCCACUGCCAUACCCCUUCGUGCCUUCUCACACUUCUAUCCCGCCCAGGCCACGUCCCUCCAUGUGCUCAGUUUGCGCCAGCGACACGGUCGGAUCAGCCUUCACCACUCGCUUCAUCUCACCAUGCACCACUCACAGCCGCACACCUCCCUUCUGUACCCCCCAUUCCACUUCCCCAGGCCACCUCUCUUCCCGUCCUCUGCCUACGCCAGCGCCACGGCCGCAUCAGCCUGCACCACUCGCUGCUGCUGCACGUCCAAAUACCACCUCCCCCAGCUGAUUGGCUGAACCCUCUCACAGCACCUGCCACGUGUCCAUCCGCCACUGGCUGGGAGCUGAACGCCAAGGGGCGAACCGGGGCGCGGUGCGCUGACCUGGCGCCGCUGAUGGACCCUGCCAGGCUGGCAGACGAGGCGGCGUCGCUCAACCUGAAGCUGAUGAGGUGGCGCGUGCUGCCACAACUGCAGCUGGAACGAUUGAAUGCAACAAAGUGUUUGUUGUUGGGGGCCGGCACUCUUGGUUGCCAAGUGGCUCGCUCUCUUCUGGCUUGGGGCAUUCGAGACAUUACCCUCGUGGACUACGGGGCGGUUUCGUAUUCUAACCCUGUGCGGCAGUGCCUCUUCUCUCUCAAGCACUGUCUGAAUGGCGGGGUGCCAAAGGCACAGGCGGCAGCAGAAGCUCUCAAGGAGAUUCUCCCCACAGCUCGCACGUCUGGCCAUCGCCUCGCCAUCCCCAUGCCAGGUCACCCCGUGUCGCCCUCCGAGGCGCCACGUGUGCAGGCUGACGUGGCAGCCUUGCUGGCACUCAUCCGCCAAUCAGAUGCUGUGUUCCUCCUCACGGACACACGGGAGAGCCGCUGGCUGCCUACCCUGCUUUGCGCGGCGGAGGGGAAGGUGGCCAUCAACGCUGCUCUCGGCUUCGACUCCUUCCUUGUCAUGCGCCACGGGGCACCGCUGCCGCCUCUGCAUGCCAUGUCAAUACCAGCCGCGUCUGAGUCAGCACCCGCAUCGUCUGAGUCAGCACCAGCAGCGUCUGAGUCAGCGCAAUCCAAGCGCCUUGGCUGCUACUUCUGCAACGAUGUUGUCGCCCCUCUCAAUUCCACAGCUCAUCGCACGCUAGACCAGCAGUGCACAGUCACGCGCCCUGGCCUGGCCGCUAUAGCAGGAGCUCUGGCCGUGGAGCUGCUAGUGGGGGUGCUGCACCAUCCGCUGGGAAUUGCAGCACCAGCAGAGGACACCUCUGCCGAUGGCUUUCCUUCUUCCUCCUCCUCCACUUCCACCUCCGCCAACCUCUGCUCGCCUCUCGGUCCGCUGCCCCACCAGCUACGGGGCUUUCUCUCCUCCUUUUCCCAGCUGCCCAUCACUGGAUUCGCCUUCCACCAGUGCACUGCCUGCUCGCCCACAGUGGUUUCAGCAUACAGGGAACGUGGGUUUGCUUUCCUUAUGGAAGCGUUCAACGAUCCCACGUAUCUGGAGAAAAUAACGGGCUUGGAUAAGCUGCACGCAGCUACUGUGGAGAUAGAGGUUGACUGGGAUGAUACGGGGAUCGAAUCGACGCGAACCGCGAGAAAAGCUGCGGUAACGGUACCAGUCGUGUCGCCAUUGUUGCUUCCCAACAACCGAUUCAACGCCAAGUGCCUCGACGGAAGCCCUCCCGGAUAUUACUUCCGCCCCGGCUUCCGCAAUGGUGCGUCGUCGUGGCACAUCCACCUGCCGCCCGGCGGCUGGUGCUCCACCCUCUCCGCGUGUGCCAAUCGCAGCACCACCUUUCUAGGGUCCUCCAAGCCUGAGUUUCAGAAGGACAACCCUUACAGCAAUGCCUCCUAUGCUUACCUGGGGAUAUUGAGCACCGGUCCUUUCGUCAACAAAGCCUUUCGCAACUGGAACCUCGUCGUGCCCAUCUACUGUGAUGGAGGGGGGUUCCAGGGCACGGCGGGGUGGGUCAAAGUGAACAACAGCCUCGGGAUUUACAUGGACGGGUGGAAUGGUAUCAGAGCGGUGCUGACAGAUGUGAAGGAAGCACGGGGAAUGCAGUCUGCCGAACGGGUCUUGCUGUCAGGCCAAUCAGCAGGGGCGCAGACGGUGCUGGCACUGUGUGAACACAUGAGGGAGUAUGCUCCGAAUGCAAAGACGAUCAAAUGUCUCAUGGACUCUGGCUCCUUUACAGAUUCCAACGAUCGCUAUGGGCAGCCGUUCUUUCAGAGAAUGGCGUCGGACAUUGUUGCUCUGCAUAAGUUCACUGGCAGCACCAAGUGUACGCAAGCCCAUUCUGUAAGUGAGCGAUGGCACUGCUUCUUCCCCCAAUACGCCCUGCCCUUCAUCCCCCGCUCCCUCCCACUCUAUGUCAUCAACUCUCUCUUCGACUAUCGGGCCCUAAUGCUCGGUAACCAGCUUAACCCCUACAACCAAACCUACUCAGUUCGGUGCGUUGCCGAGCUGCUUCGGCUCCUCCCGAACCUCACCGUCCAAUCGCUGACCGCCAGCUCGCCGCGGCAACUGGCGCUGUAUUUAUCGGCGAAACAAGCGAGUAAGGAGUGUACUAGCAGUGAACAGUUGGCAGCGCUGUGGGCAGGGCAGAAUGUGGGGAAGUUUGUUCGAAGCGUGCAGCAGAGAGGGAGUGGUAGUGGUGUGUUUAUCCCAGUGGGGAUUGCACACUGUGUGAUUGCACUUCCAUAUUGGAAUCGCCUUAGAGUGGAUGGGGUUAAGAUGUGCGAUGCAGUUCUCUCAUGGUACUUACAAAAAUGA